UGCUGUUUUCCUACUCGCACCGUUUGCUGCUCCUAUCAGUACUCUCAAUUUUGGAAAAACUUCACAUUUUUCUCGUCAACACGUAACGACUGUACACCGUUCAAUGGGUCUUCUAUCUCUUUUACGAAAGCUACGAUCUGCACCGGAAAAGGAGCUUCGCAUUCUGUUGCUCGGAUUGGACAAUGCAGGCAAAACCACGCUACUAAAACAACUCGCCUCGGAGGAAGUAACACAAGUGACUCCAACUGCGGGAUUCAACAUCAAAUCCGUAGUGUCCGAUGGGUUCAAGCUGAAUGUCUGGGACAUUGGCGGGCAGAGCAAGAUACGGCCGUAUUGGAAGAACUAUUUUGAAAACACCGACGUGCUGAUAUACGUUAUCGAUUCGAGUGACAAAAAAAGGUUGGAAGAAACUGGCGAUGAGCUUACCGAGUUGCUGUUGGACGAUAAGUUGAAAUCUGUGCCGUUGCUGGUGUUUGCCAAUAAGCAGGACGUGGUCGGUGCCUUGAAGGCAUCCGAAAUUGCAGAAUGUUUGAAGCUGGUUAAGCUCAUGGACCGUACCUGGCAAAUACAAGCAUGUUCUGCACUGCAAGGCACAGGAGUAAAGGAGGGAAUGGAUUGGGUUUGUAAAAGUAUAAAAAAAUAAGCUCUACGACCAACCGCGCUCAUUUCAUUCGAUAAACAACACUAAUACCAUGUUCCGUCCGCAUAUAACACACUAGCCUUAACACC